AGAAAUGUUUACACUCCUCUGCCUGUGACAAACUCAUUUUUCAACGACCAAUAAGAAUUCAGUAUAGGUUGCUAACCUGAAUCAUCAUCGACUUGGUUCUCAUCUUCCCUUUCAGCUCAUUGCUCUCUCUCUCUCUCUCUCAAACAACACUUCCAGGCAUCUGGGCUUGUGAAAUCUCCGUUGUACAUCAUCAAAUGGGGAAAGUUCUUGCGUUAGUUCGAAAUUUUCCUGGGAAAAUUCGUGGGUUCGAAUUAUUCUGGGGUUUUGGAUAAGCCUAAACAGGGCGAUAUGCGUAAGAAGUUUGAAUCCUUUUAGGGUUUUUGAUUUCAUUUGAAGGGUUUCUGUUUCUAAUCAGUAAUUUCAGAAGCAGAGUUGUGGGGGGUUUGUUUAUUUCUCAGUUUUUGAGUUAAUCAUCUGUUUGGUUGGUGGGAAAUGGUGGAAAAGUAAAGAACAUAGAUUCUAUUGGUUUUUAUUUUUUAUUUUUUGUUGUUGUUAUUGGUUUUUAUUUUUUAUUUUUGGGUUUAAGCCAAGUAGUUUUGUUAGGAUCACGGAAGUGGAGUUUGUUUGUUUGUUUGUUUUUUUUUUUUUUUUUGUGUUAUAAACAUGGAAAUUUUAAGAUUUGAAAGUUGAUCUCUUUCCCUUUUCCCUUCAUUUUUCGUACUUCAGAUUAGGGGUUUGGAACUUAGUGUGAGAAGAUGGAUAAUGCAGGUAUGAGAGGUGGGUUUUUGUCGGGAACGAGUGCGGGAAUUUUAGAGCUUGAAACUUCUAUUCAGAGACACCAGCAGGCCCAGAUGAGUAUUCCACCUCAUACCCAUCACCAUCACAUGAAUGUGAUGACUGGUUUUGAGAAUGAUCAUUGCUCCAUUGGGACACUGGAAACCAAGGGCUCAACCCCAAAAGGCAUUCCAAUAAAUUAUGGUAAAGGGAAGGGGAUUGCUCCUGUUAGUGUUGCAAAUAACGACAAUAACAAUACUAGCGAUGAGGAUGAGCCAAGUUAUACAGAAGAUGAGAACUUCAGCGGGGCAAAGGGUAAAAAGGGCUCUCCAUGGCAGCGAAUGAAAUGGACAGAUAAUGUGGUGAGACUUCUUAUAGCAGUAGUUGCCUGCGUUGGGGAUGACGGUACCCUUGAGGGUGUGGAAGGGCUGAAGAGGAAAUCAGGGAUUUUGCAGAAGAAGGGUAAAUGGAAAACUGUCUCAAAGAUAAUGAUUAGUAAGGGUUGUUUUGUUUCACCUCAGCAGUGUGAGGAUAAGUUCAAUGACUUGAACAAGAGGUACAAGAGGUUGAAUGAAAUUCUUGGGAGGGGAACUACUUGUAGAGUGGUGGAAAACCCUGCACUUAUGGACUCCAUGCCCCAACUCUCUGCUAAGAUGAAGGAUGAUGUGAAAAAAAUAUUGAGCUCAAAACAUUUGUUUUAUCAGGAAAUGUGUGCUUACCAUAAUGGAAAAAGCAUACCAAAUUGUCAUGAUAUUGAUCUACAAGGUUAUUUUUCACCUCUUGCCCGAAGUUCAAAGGAUAAUAAUGGAUCUGAGGAGGAAGAAGCUGAGGAAAAUGAGGACUUUGAUGAUGAUGAAUUGGAUAACGAAGAGUAUGAUAAUGUUGAUGUGCAUGCACAGAGGAUGGGGCAGUUUCAUCAAAGAAGGAAAGUGAACCAAGAGGAUUGCAGUUUUUGGCCACAGGAUGCUUGUCAGGAUAGUUUUGAAGUUGAAAUGGCUGGGAUUUUUGAAGACCCCACCAAGUCUCUGUGGGAGCAGAAAGAGUGGAUAAAGAACCGGAUGUUGCAACUCCAAGAGCAAAGAGUCACCAUCAUGGCUCAAGGUUUUGAGCUUGAGAAACAACGUUUUAAGUGGUUGAGAUACAGCAGCAAGAAAGGUAGGGAUCUGGAGAAUUCAAGGCUGGAGAACGAGAGGUUGGGAUUAGAGAAUGAGCGAAUGGUAUUGGAACUGAAGCAGAAGGAACUGGAAUUAGAUUCAAAGAGGCCAGAAGCAUCCUUGGAUCCAGCUUCUCUUGGCAUUGACAGGCUGCAAGGAAGAGAUCAGAUUGAAUUGGGCAGGAAUCAGUAACUCAUGUGUUGCCCUAGUUGUUGUUAGAAUCAUGUGUGGGGUCCUGCUAAUCCAUUAUGCAAUAAAACCAUAGAAGCUUAAGCGUAAGAAAUGCAUUAACCUCACAAGGGACUUAUAUUGCUUUAGAUUUUAUUGUAGGAAUAUCUAAGAUUCUCAUUUUCUUUUUUUGCAAAGAUUUCUACUGUAAAGUUGAUGAUCCCUUUUUUCUCCACCUUCAACUUAUCUUGUUCUUUGGACCAUGUAAAAGAUGUUUGCGUUCUUGUGAUUACCUGAUUGAGUUUUCAACAGUCUUUUUUCCCUUUUUUUCUGAAAUAUUUAACAGUAGAAACUUUGCAUUCUUUUUUUGUAAUUUCAGAAUUGGUGGUUCAAAAGUGCUUCUGAAAAACUUCAAUUGAAUCCAGAUAUUUGUCUAA